AUGAAUAAUUUUGAAUAUUCCGGUUCACAAAAUGAUCAAACCUUUGUUGAAUAUCAAACAAUAUCUUCUCAGUGUUCACUCGAACGAAUCGAAAGACCAGAACGUCUGCACGAAUGGCUGAAAUCUCAUGAAAUCGAACAUUUACACAAGAUUUUCCAAGAUAGACAAAAACUAACUUAUGGAGAAUUACGUCAGGUGCUGGAAAAUCUUAAUAUUAUCUUUACCGAUAUCGAAUAUAAUCGUUUAUUUCUGAAAAUCAAUCAAAAUCGUGACUUUAAAUGUGAUUGGAAUGAAUUUAUUUCAUAUCUCAUUUAUGGAUUUCAAGAAGAUGAUCCAUCAAGUCAAAAGGAAUCAUUGAUUUUACCAAUAUCAGCAGCUCCUAUUGUCAAGAAAUCUGAACAUAGAUCGGCUAUAUGUGGCAUAAGUCUAUUGAAAAAUGUUUCCGAUCUUAUGGUGGAUGAUGACGACGAAGAGGCAGAAGCGCAAAAGAAAAAACUAGAUGAAGAUGUGGAAAUAGAUGAAGAGGCAGAGGAGGAAAAACGUAAAAUUCAAAAUUUAGCCAUAAAUGAUACACCGGAAAAUACCGGAAUAUGGAUAACAGCUAGUAAGGAGGGUCAAAUACGUUUCUGGACACCCCUAUUAGAACCUUUACGCAGUGGCAUGUCGGAAAGCUUACAUCUAAAAAUGCCCACAUGGAUUUUAUGUAUACAAGCAUUAUCCGAUGUUGGUAUUGUUUGCACUUCCUCUACUGAGAGAGAGUUACGUUUCCACGAAACCAUAGCUUCCACUUUUAUUUUGCGUAUAGUCAUACGUAGCAUGCCAUUUGCAGUCUGUCAAAUGUCCUAUAGUUUCCAUCCAAAAGGCAAACGCAACUCACGUCUCAUACUGGGUGAUUAUGGUGGAAACGUACGAAUUUUAGAAUUUACACCACAUUUAAGGGGCCCUUUCCAAUCGAAACCAGGAGCAGCAUUGAUAGAAGUUUUCUGGACAGAUAUUUUAAAGGGCAAAUUACCUUUAUUUAAUACGCGUGAAUAUUUGAAUAUUCACAAUGAAAUGAUUCAACAGGUAUUUUAUUCGAUUACGUUGAAUUCGGUGUUUUGGGCAGCUGAAUAUCGUAAUACGAGAAAGUAUCGAGGACGUUGUCCGGGAUUGAUAGUGGCUAAUGGAGAUGAUAAACAUAUUCGUAUACCAUUGGGUGUUACCACUUUCUUUGUGGAUGAAAAGAAUAAUAUUGUGGUAACGGGUGGCCCCGAUACUUUUGUACGCAUUUGGGAUGUUUAUAUAUCGGCCGAACCUUCGGGUAUAUUAACGGGACAUAAUGGUGGUAUUGUUAUGGUCUUUGUACAACCGGAAGAGAAAAAGGUUUAUAGCGUAGACUAUCAGAAAAUCAUAAAAGUUUGGGAUCUUACCGAACACGUAUUACUACAAACUUAUGGUGAUUUAGUAAGACUUAUUCCAGCCGAAACUGAUUUAUCAUAUUACUACCAUGCCUUCCUAAGGAUACUUUUGGUAGGAGGUCGUAAGCUGAUAGCAAUUAAAUGUAAUCCACGCGUAAGGGUAGAUCUGACAGAUGGCAAUACUCAUGCUGCUCCUGUGUCGGUGGUUUUAUAUAAUCGUCUUUUUAGAAAUAUAGUCACCUGCGGAUUGGACAGUUAUAUUAUUGUUUGGGAUCCCUGGACUGGUAGACGCAAAAUUAUCAUUAAAAAUUGUCAUACAAAGCAAUUGUAUGGUGAACAUAUUGAUAUAGAAAUAACGGCCGCUUGUUUUGAUCCUCUGGAACAGUUUUUGCUAACUGGUGCUCGUGAUGGUUCCCUUAAGAUUUGGAAUUAUAAUAAUGCUGUGUGUAUACGCAAUAUGAGUAUAAAGGCGGAACAUGAGGUUACUGCAGUAAUCUGGGUUGUUGAAAGAAUUUUAGCGGUUGGCUGGGAUAAACAAGUCACCGAAUUUAACGAUGUUGAGGGUCGUGAAUAUGGUGAUCCCAAGAAAUGGCCCAUGUUUCAUUCGGACGAUAUAACAUGUGCGGAUGUUAAACUGGGCGAAGGUGUUGUUACCGCAACCUAUUCAGGAGAAUUAAUAUUUUGGACACUUGAAACCGGUCAACCGUAUAGACGUUAUAGUGUCUCCGAACCUACCGAAUUCAUUGAGUUACAAUAUAACCGCAGUUCUAUUGACGACGAGGAAAAUCGAAACAAAGAAGCCCAACGUAUUAGUAGUAUAUCAGUAUCACGUUUUGUGCGAAAAUCUAUUUCGGAAAGAAUUCGAGAAAUAAACAAGAGAAUGUCUAAAUGGACUGCAAUAGACGAUCUAACUGAUGAAGAGAGAAAUUUUGUUGGACAGAGAUAUACCUUAACGCCCAUAUUGAGUGAAGGUCAAGUAUUGCCUAUGUCGGUGCAAGCGGUAUUAUUUCUACAGACCCGUCCCAUGACAAAGGAGCAUGGUAGUGUUUUUGUAGCUUUGGAAACGGGUAUUAUACAAGUGUAUUCGCAUCAUCAACGUGGUGGUUAUUUGAAUAAAUUUAAUGCUAUUCAUAAAACUGGUGAUUGCAUCUUGGCCAUGUCUACUGAUCGUAAAAAUCGAUAUUUAUUUACUGGCACUGCUUUGGGUUAUGUGAAAAUUUGGCAAAUACAAAAUUAUUGCGUACCAGAAAAAGAAAAAGUUAAAUUGUGCAUGCCCGUGCUACGAUUACAAUUCAUAUUUUUGCGCAAUGACAGAUUUCUAACAAGAGCCAAGAGAGCAGUACGUCGUCAGCCAGAGCCUUUGUUAGUUAGUUCCUAUAAAGGACACAAUAAAGCCAUCAAUUCGAUUGUUUUUAUCAAUUUGCCAAAAAUAUUAAUAACAGGUAGUCAUGAUUGCUCGUGUCGUUUGUGGUCUUUAGGUGGUCGUUAUUUGGGCACAUUAGGUACACCAUUGCCUUGGAUGAAACUAUCGUCAUUCGAGCCAGUAGAAGAAUUAAAUACACGUUAUCGCAUGCCUCCCGAUAUUAAAAAAGUGGCCAGUUCUACAACUAUGAAAGUUAUUACUGGCGAGCAAAAGGAACCUUUUAAAAUGGUUUACGAUGAAACACAUCCAGAAAUUACUGACGACACCGCCCUAGAGGAAGAAACUUUACGCAUGCUUGGCAAACCAUUACGUGAACCAAUUUUGGGUAAACAUUUCGAAUUACCGGGACGUAGUGCUGUAGAACAACGUAUAGACUUGGACAUAACAGCUUCUUAUACGCCAGUUUAUACUCAUUUGAAAAUACAUGAAGCCAACGAUUUAGAAAAACCCUCAACACCUCCGACUAUUCGGCGUUUAGCACGAGAAAGUUAUAUGGAUUUUUACAAGCCUAUAAAAGCUGAUAAUGAUCGAGUUAAAGCGGAAAGUUUAAAGGAUGAGCAUUUGUUAAAAACCCGACGCUGGUCAAGUGCUAAAACUUCUAUUGGUUUCAAAGCUAAUGAAAAACAAAAGAAAUAAUUGUUGAAUUCAGGAAUUGUUAUUAAAUUUGGAAUAUUUU